CGGCGUGGGCGGGCCCGGGAGCCCAGCGGCCCCUGCGCGGCCCCGCCAGUCGCUGUAGCUGUCGCUGUCGCCGGCCGCGGUAAUGCUGCGGACACAGGAGCCCCGCCUAGGCGCCCCGCUUCUCCGGGCCGCGCUGGGCUUCGGGCGGCGAGCGGGGAGCCGGGCGGCGAGCGGGGGACGCGGGAAUGCCUGGCUCCGGCCCGCGGGCCGGGACACGGGCGUGCAGGUGUACAACAGCCUCACCGGCAGGAAGGAGCCCCUGGUGGUGGAGCGCGCCGGGGCCGCCUCGUGGUAUAGCUGUGGACCGACUGUAUAUGAUCAUGCACACCUUGGCCAUGCUUGCUCGUAUGUGAGAUUUGAUAUAAUUCGAAGGAUCCUAACCAAAGUUUUUGGAUGCAACAUCGUCAUGGUGAUGGGCAUCACUGACGUGGAUGACAAAAUCAUCCGGAGGGCCCGUGAGAUGGACCUGCCACCUGCUUCUCUCGCCAGGCACUACGAGGAAGAAUUUAAGCAGGACAUGGCGGCCCUGAAGGUGCUCCCGCCCACGGUAUACCUGAGGGUCACUGAAAAUAUCCCCCAGAUAAUUUCAUUCAUUGAAGGAAUCAUUGCUCGUGGGCAUGCCUACUCGACAGCAAAAGGCAAUGUCUACUUCGAUCUGAAGUCCAGAGGAGACAAGUAUGGCAAACUAGUUGGCGUGGCCCCAGGUCCAGUGGGAGAGCCAGCAGGUGAUUCUGACAAGCGGCACGCCAGUGACUUUGCUCUGUGGAAGGCAGCCAAGCCUGAGGAGGUUUUCUGGGCCUCUCCAUGGGGACACGGAAGACCUGGCUGGCACAUUGAGUGCUCUGCCAUGGCAAGCAUGGUGUUUGGAGGUCAGCUGGACAUCCACUCUGGUGGGAUAGACUUGGCUUUCCCUCACCAUGAAAACGAGAUUGCACAGUGUGAGGUCUUUCAUCAGUGCAAGCAGUGGGGAAAUUAUUUUCUACACUCUGGGCAUUUGCACGUGAAAGGCAAAGAAGAAAAAAUGUCCAAGUCGUUAAAGAACUACGUUACUAUUAAGGACUUUCUGCGGACGUUUUCCCCCGACGUCUUCCGGCUUUUCUGCACACGGAGCAGCUAUAGGUCAGCCAUCGACUACAGUGACAGUGCCAUGCUGCACGCCCAACACCUGCUCCAGGGGCUACGCUCCUUCCUCGGGGAUGCACGUGCCUACAUGAAGGGGCAGCUGGCCUGCAGCCCUGUCCAGGAAGACCAGCUGUGGGAGGGCCUCUCCAGCACCAGGGGGGCCGUGCGGGCUGCACUGGCGGAUGACUUUGACACACCCAGGGCCGUGGACGCCAUCUUGGGCCUCGUACACCUCGGGAACAGACAGCUCCAGGCAGCUCAGGACCCGGGCGGCCCGAGAAGCCCAGCAGUAUUUGGCGCCAUCGUCUCCUACAUUGAACAGUUUUUUGGGACUAUUGGAAUUUCUCUGGCAAAUCAGCAGUGUGUUUCAGAGGAUGGCAGCGCGGCUACCCUGCACAGCGUGGUGGAGGAGCUGGUACGGUUCCGGCAGAGUGUCCGGCAGUUUGCACUGACCACACCAGAAGCCCCCGGGGAGGCCCGGCGGCAGCAGCUCCUGGAGAGGAGGCCCUUGCUGGAGGCCUGUGAUGUCCUGCGCCGGGACCUUGCCAUCCAUGGCAUCAGCAUCAAGGACAGAAGCAGUACAACCUCCACGUGGGAGCUUCUGAGUCAAACGACGAGAGACCCCAAGCCAGGGAGCUGAGGGUGGGGUGCCAGGACCCAGCCGCUCAGUGAAGCUGCUGCUUCCUAUGGCACAACUUUAUAUUCAGCGUUCCCAGCCAACACUGAAAUAGAGCAAACCAACACCGUCCCACUGGUGUCAUGACUGGGCCUAAAAAUCUAACCUAAGGUACCAACACUGCGCAGUGAGACCAGCUGGCCCAGCCAGCUCAGACAAUGUGGAAGUAAGAGCAAGAAGCCGGGGCAGUGGAAGGUGGGCGGUGCCGUGGCCCGUCUGAAGCCUAGAGGAUGGACCAGGUGGCUUCCCCUCCCAGCACCGUGUUUGUCUCUGCUUAGAGGUGACUAGAACCUGCCUGCAGUCUGGCUAUACAGUAAACAUCCUGGCAGCUGGUGUCACUUUGGCUCUUGUGGUGUGAACAGCAGGUGGGGGGGUCAGGGCUGGGCCUGAGAAAGGUUAGUGGCAGAGAGGUUGGGAGAGCCAGGCGAGGGCAAGAUGGAGAGGUGAGAGAGACAGGACUCCUGAGGGCCAGGCAGGGUCCUGAGUGUUAUGUGGCUGCAUUCCUGGCCUGCAAGCUCCCGUCUCCAACUUUUCUGCCACAGCUGCUGAACAAUGCCCUCCGAGGCUCACAGAUGCUGGGCAGGCCUGCCUGCUGUCCCCACACUGCAAGGCUGGCAUCCCUUCAUCCCGGGCACAGCUGCAGGCAAGCACGUGGCUGGGCAUCCAGUCAUGUAGGAUGUUUAAUCGUGACCCCAAGGUACAGAUCUUCUCACUCUACAGAUAAGAACAGUGGUUUCAAGUUAUCCACCGGAAAGUUCCCCAGAGGGUACCUUGUAGUGAGACACCCAAAGCCACUUAGUACCAGGGGUCAGACUCCUGCAACGGCCUCUUCCUCACCAACCCCAUAACAAACUUCCGUUACUCUCCUGGUCCAGAGAAGCAGUUAACUUGAUCUGAAAAACACCAGCAGAAUCCAUCCUGGCCACUCAGAUGUGCUCCCCAUCUCUCUUUAAGCGAAGGGAUUCUGUACCUAUUCAGAGCAAAAAUUAAAGUGAUAAAAACCACAAGGAUAGAACCUGUGGCUUUGCU